CUCCCUGGAGCAAUGUUGGCAGAAAUGCUGGGGGCGUUGGGAGCAGUUGCCCAACCUGAUACUGAUUCUCCUUGCAGAGGGGGCUGGUGAGGAUCUGGCACCUGGGUGUGUAGUGCCUGGAGUUACCAGCACCUACAGACGGAUCCAGGACACUGCUGAUUGGUGCUUAUCAGACCCCUGGAAUGAAAAUAGCCAGCUGAGAGGUCCAGGGAGGCAGGUGCCACUUCUGAAACUGGCCUCCCGGGACUCAGGAGUGGAGAUGGCAGUUGGGGACAGCUCCUUGGCCACCUCACUGGGCCUUUCUCAGGACGUUUUGGACUUUGAGCCCAUGGGGAGCUCUGAGCCCCCAACUCUUGCUGUCAUGGAGCCGCCUGCCCAGCUAGGCAGACUCCUGGCUAGCCACAAGCUGGAGCAGGUGCUGGAGCCGUCCCACGGGCUCCCGACUUCGCCUGCCAGGUCGUCACGACAGUACUGCCCCCUCCAGCCGCCAAGCAAGCCUGAGUAUGAAGUGCCCCCUUUUGGAGCAGGGGAACAAGAGGCCACUGUGGCAGAAACUGGCCUGGAGGCAGGUCUGGAAGAAGCAGAGGUGGGGGGCUUGGAGGCUAAAGUCUGGACCAGCCUCCCAGGGCAGGGUCUUCGUUACCUAGAACACCUGUGCCUAGUGCUGGAGCAGAUGGCGAGGCUCCAACAGCUCUAUCUGCAGCUGCAGACCCAGAGGCCUGCUAGGGACCCUGAAGAGGAGGAGGAGUCUGCCCUGGCCCCUUCACCUUCACGUGCCCCAGGCAGUGAGGUGCAGGUGUCAUGUGACCUGCUUAGCCAAACAAAGGAGACAGGGACAAAAGCAGCUUCAUUCCCAAAAGUGGGGGUGCCCAGCAGCAAUCCUCCUAACCUGCCAGUGGCCCCAGCAGAGCCAACUCAUACCGUUCCAUCCUCCCAGGGACACAAGCUGGAUCUCUCACACUGGGACAAGGUCAAGGUCUUGCUCAACCGGAUCCCCUGGAGAAGCUCUCAACACCCUGAGCCCCCUGCCCCUCCCAAUGGCCCCACCUCCAGGAUUGAGUCAAGGGACCUCCCUGAAAAGCCUCAGUGUCGCCUCCACCGGAAGACCUUUAUGCCAUCUUUAGUGGUUAAGAAACAACGAGCAAAAAACCUUUCUGUUUGCUGA